AACGACCACAACGAUGAUGAUGACAAUGUUCUUGGUCGUGGGUGCUGUUCGGGUGGUGGUGGUGGUCCUUGCCGUCGUUGUAGCCACGGCAAUGGCGUUGGGGGACCAGGAAGGCGUCGACAGGCUGGGGUCCCUGGGCUGGGAGUCGCUUGCGCCAAGUCUGCACACGCACCUGGCCCACCGCGCCGUGGCCGGCGCCUUCUGGAGUAGCGAGGACGUGUGCCUGCACUCGCACAAGGCGUUUCCCUUCUGCGAGGCCAGCCAGGUGCUGCCGCUGCUGGUCACCGGUGUGGGCCGCAGCGGGACGCACCACAUCUCAAACGUGCUGCAGCUGAAGGGCCUCGACGUCUGCCACGAGCACAUCUGCUCGGACGGCUCCGUUGCCUGGACAUAUGCGGCGGUGGACCCCGACAACAAGUACCCCUGGCAAGGGACCGGGCACGAGAUGAAACACCACCGCUUCCGCCACGUGUUCCACCUGGUGCGCCACCCCUUGCGCAGCAUCGCCAGCCUCACAACGUACCUGGACGACUCGUGGGAGUUCAUCGGCAGGCACACGCCCGAGGUGCCCGGGCUGGCCACCAUGGAGCCCAUCCUGCGCCGCGCCCUCGUGCACUGGGUCACGUGGAACCGCAUGAUCCAGAUCUACGCCGACCAGCGCUUCCGCACAGAGGACACCCCGCCAUCGGUCAUCUGCCUUGCUGCCGGGUUCAACGAGACGAUAUGCGACGUGCACUCGGACCACCACGCGCCACGCGCCCCACGGGAGCACCCCACCAUCAGCUGGAGCGACCUGGCGGCGGUGGACGCGGAGUUCACCAAGGCGGCGAUGAUCCUGGCGCGAGAGUAUGGGUACGAGGUGGAGCCGGGCCACGAUGGGGGGCCUCACUCAAACCACCACCACCACCACGACCAUCACCAACAGGACCCCAAUGAGCACAGCCAAAGUAGCAACAGCACCGCCAAGGAGGAUGGCUGAGGGACGCUGCGAAUGCUUGCUGUGUGGCUCACUGCGCCAUCGCAAACGUGGUGUUUUGGAGACCACGACGCCACGCCUCGACUCCCUUUUGUCUUCCCCUCCCCCCUUCCUUCUUCGCGUUGAUAACCCACGGCUGGCUGACUUGCUCGCACACUCGCACAUCACCAUGCGUUGCGGAUGUUGUAUUAAUAUGUAUCGCUGGGCAGUUACACAGUCCCCAUAAACAAACACACGAACA